GCAGCUAGUCCGGUGCACUUUGGUACUUUUCUCGCCCUUUUCAUCAACCGUCCAACGGAGAAUUUGGAAAGUUUUCUUUAUCAAUUUUCUCGCGAAACCGCGGCGGUUCCCGAUAACCAGAAUAGUGGAUUACGGUUUUUCUCUUGGUGUAUUUGUUUCUUGGAUUGCUAUAAGAAAGAAACGGUCGCAGGAGAAAUUCAAACAAAAUCGAGCAGCGAGAAAAAUGUUGUGAUCGCGACAAAUGUGCGAGAAAAUAAACCAGAACAAUUUUUAAUUAUUAUUGUUCAGUGCUACAAGUGUACACCGCGAAACGACCUUUCUUUAAAAAAAUAUUUUUUUUUUAGCGAUUAAUAUAACGAAAUAAUCAUUAUGAAAGGAAGAGAAAAGCUGUGCGCCAAACUGUCGAGCGCAUUCUUGAGGAAGUGGUGGUUCGUCGUGGCCAUAUCCUUAGGAAUAAUCUUCUUUGGAAUAAUCGUAGUCCUAUUCUUUAUGUCAUGGGUCAACUUGGUUAUAAAUCACGAAGUAACGUUACGGGAAGGCUCCCAAACGACGGAAUGGUGGGCCAGGCCUCCCGUAGUACCAAUGAUCAAAGUUUACAUUUACAAUGUAACGAACGCCGACGAGUUUCUCAAUAAUGGUUCGAAGCCUAUUGUGGAUGAAUUGGGGCCAUAUGUUUAUUUAGAAAAAUGGGAAAAGAAGAACGUAACAUUCAACAACAAUGGAACCGUGACUUUCCAUCAAGAGAAAAUCUAUCAAUUUGACGAAGCCUUAUCUUCAGGGUCCGAAGAUGACGUCGUCGUGGUACCAAACAUUCCUAUGCUGAGUGCCACCUCACAGUCCAAACACGCAGCAAGAUUUUUAAGGUUGGCGAUGGCCAGCAUCAUGGACAUUUUAAAGAUCAAACCUUUCGUUGAAGUAUCCGUCGGGCAACUUCUAUGGGGAUACGAGGAUCCGCUGUUGAAGUUGGCCAAAGACGUUGUUCCUAAAGAACAGAAGCUACCUUAUGAGGAGUUCGGGCUUAUGUAUAAUAAAAACGGUACUUCAAAAGACAUAGUGACAGUCUACACUGGCGCAGAUGACAUAACCAACUAUGGCUUAAUAGACAAAUUUAACGGAAUGCCCAAGCUACCGCACUAUACCGAAGAUAGGUGUAAUGACAUCAAAGCUUCGGAUGGUUCCAUUUUCCCACCACACUUAACCAAGAAUAGCACCAUUCACAUCUUUGACAAAGAUUUAUGCAGAAAACUGCCGCUGAUAUUUGAGAAAGAAGUUUUGGGUUCAAACGACGUGCCGGCCUACAGGUUCACCCCGCCCAAAAACGUAUUUGCAAGCGCCGAAGAGAACCCUGAUAAUAUGUGUUUUUGUCCUCAGGGACCUCCGUGUGCUCCAUCUGGGUUCUUUAAUGUGUCCCUGUGUCAAUAUGACUCGCCGGUUUUACUAUCCUUCCCGCACUUCUAUCUUGCCAACGACAGCUACAGAACAGCCGUGGAAGGAAUCAGCCCUCCUGAUGAGGAAAAACACAAGUUCUUCGUUGACGUACAGCCACAAAUGGGCACAGCGAUGAGGGCGAAAGCCAGAGUCCAAAUCAACUUGGCAGUCUCCCAAGUAGUUGAUAUCAAACAAGUGGCCACCUUUCCAGACAUCAUCUUCCCCAUUAUGUGGUUCGAAGAGGGUCUGGACAGUCUUCCAGAAGAAAUGACCGCCCUAAUGAAACUGGCGACCGCAGUUGCCCCUAUUGCCCACACCGCCCUCUAUGCCACCCUCUUCGCAGUGGGAGUUUUACUGUUGAUCAUUGCGAUUUGGAGACUUUUACGUGGGGCCAACAGACUGAACUCCCUCCAGUUGGCCCCUGGUCACGUGGGAACCCCGGCCAAAGGCAAAGACGUGCCCAUGUCAAAUGUACCUAAAUACUAAUUUUUUAAAAUUUAAAUCAAACAGACGUAAAUAACUAAAAGAUUUGUUGCUCAAUGUAAAAAUUUUCGGGAAAUUCAAAGCGCGUCCAUGGUUUCUGUGAUAAAUCUUAACAAGAGAUGGAUACAUGUACAUAAUAUAGGACCCUUUUUAUCAGUCUUAGUGCAAUAAUUAUCACCUGUUUGUUGGUUGGAAAAUAGGGGUUUAGGGUCUUUUGUACUUAAAAUAAAUUAUUACUUUUAAGGUGAUGGCGUCUGCGUCAAAUAAGGAGACAACGAAUUGACGAUAAUCUAUGAACAAAGUAAUUUUAUACUUUUUUUUAAUGACAAUUUAUUGUAAAUAAAUAUCUCUUUUAAUAUUUGUUCUUUUAUUUACUUGGAACGGUCGUGUUGGUACCAGUACCACGUCUAACAAGGCCAUUUUAAUCCUUUAUCCGAUAUUUUGUGUAUAUUUUUAGAAUAUGAAAACUGUUAUUGUUAGUUAAGUAUUGUUAAUUUAGUUGUUAGUAAUUUGACGGUUAUUUGUACGAUAUAGUUUUGUAUAAGAAAUAGAUUUUUCAGGUUAGUUAA